CCGUAUUUCCGGAAGUGAAAGGCUCGGUGAGAAGCAAGAUGGCGGACAAAGUGGCUGUGUGUGACUUCUCUCUUUAACUGCUCUCUAACUAAACUAUAGACACACGAACUUCAAGGAUUCCUCUUUUCUAAAGCGCCCGAAAUGGAAGUUCGGCGAGAUGUCGUGGUGUAUAAAGUGAAAGUUUAAAGACGUGAUAGAAGUUGGACGACUACUGCUAUGCUAAGAUGGCGACGUCAUGUCAAAGAGAAAGUGAAAGACAAUCAGAAACUUCCAGCAAAUCACCAACGGAGAUAAAGACGGAAGAUGAAGACAUCCACCAGCCGAUUGGUCAUCCAGUAGAAUUCCCGCCUCAGCUGCAGGGAGGCCAUUCCAAUUUGAAGCAGGAGACUCCAGAACCACUCCACAUUAAAAAGGAAGCGGAGGAACUCUGCAUCACUCAGGAGGGAGAGUGUCUUCUAGGACGAGAGGAAGAUGAUUACACCAAGUUUCCACUGACUGUUGUCUCUGUGAAGACUGAAGGUGAUGAAGAGAAACCACAAUUAGACAACUUCUUAGCUCCACUAUCAGAUAGUGAUGCUGAAGAUGAAGUUGAAGUAACUUUGAGCAGCGAUACAGACUGUGAAGGUGAUAUGAGGACUCACACUGACAACAAACACUCUGAAUGCUCUAAAAAGAAGAGAGGUAAAACCUGUUUGAGGUGCUCAGUUUGUGCUAAAAUCUUUACAAAAAAGAGCCUUUUCGCUGAACACAUGAGAACGCACACAGGGGAAAAACCAUUUAAAUGUUCAGUGUGCGGUAAAACCUUUUCCCAAAGGAGCAGUUUGACUCGACAUAUGAGAAAGCACAACGAAGAAAAACCACAUAAUUGUUCAGUUUGCGGUAAAGGUUUCACUAAAAAGUGCCAUAUGUCCCAACAUAUGAGAAGGCACACAGGAGGAAAGGCAUAUAAUUGUUCAGUUUGUGGUAAAAGCUUUGGUUCCAGUUCAGGUGUGACUCAACACAUAAUAACACACAAAGAGCAAAAAACAUGUAGUUGCUCCAUUUGUGGUAAAAGUUUCUUUCAAAAGACAAAUUUAAAUCAACACAUGAGAAUACACACCGGAGAGAAACCAUUUAAAUGUUCAAUAUGUGGUAAAAGUUUUGCCCAAAAUAGCAGUUUGACUGAACACACCAGAAUACACACAGGAGAAAAACCAUUCAAUUGCUCAGUGUGCGGCAAAAGCUUUUCUCAAAAGAGCAGUUUGAAUCAACACAUGAGAAUACACACAGGAGAAAAACCAUUCAAAUGUUCAGUGUGUGGUAAAACGUUUACCAAAAAGAGCCAUUUGACUGAACACGUGAAAACACACACAAUUAUAAAAAUGUUUAAUUGCUCUGUUUGUGACGAUAGCUUUAGUAAAAACUACCAUUUGACUGAACACAUGAAAACACACACCGGAGGAAAAACAUUUAAAUGUUCAGUUUGUGUUAAAAUCUUUGUAUCCAAGCAAGGGUUGACUCGACACAUAAAGUUACACACUGGAUUAAAACCAUAUAAUUGUUUAGUUUGUGGUAAAAGCUUCGCUUUAAAAACCAAUAUGACUCGACACCUGAGAACGCACACCGGAGAAAAACCAUUCACUUGUUCAGUUUGUGCGAAAAGCUUUUUUUCCGGACAUAGUUUGAACCGACAUGUAUUGAAUUUUAAACAGAAUAAAACAUUUAGUUGUUCAGUGUGCGGUAAAAUAUUACAUCACAAUGAAGACGCAGUAAAACACAUGAGAACACACAAGAGAGAAUAACCAAUUAGCUGUUAAGUUACUGGUUUGUUGUUCAUAUGUGGCGACAUCCACCCAAAUCCAGGACCUCAUCAAAAUAAAUUCACUAUUUCUUUCACAAAAAUAUCUGAGGUCUUCGUACGAAUGGGAAUUUUUCUGGAGCAAAGAUGAGUUAUUUCCUCAGCAGACGCAACACACAUGGUGAUUUUUAGAAUAAUUAUGUGUAAGUUAUGGGGCGGCAUAGCUCGGUUGGUAGAGUGGCCGUGCCAGCAACUUGAGGGUUGCAGGUUCGAUUCCUGCUUGUGCCAUCCUAGUCACUGCCGUUGUGUCCUUGGGCAAAACACUUUACCCACCUGCUCCCAUUGCCACCCACACUGGUUUAAAUGUAACUUAGGUAUUGGGUGUCACUAUGUAAAGCGCUUUGAGUCAUUUGAGAAAAGCGCUAUAUAAAUAUAAUUCACUUCACUUCACAAAAGUUUACCUUUUCGGAAACUUCGGGCGAGCAGAUAGAGGCUGUCUUUGUUGCAACAAGCCAAAAGCUUGUAAAAUUCCAUUGUGCACGAUGGGAGGCGAGGGGAGGGGUUAUCCAUUGUGAUCCAAGACUUGCCCAAGCUCGAUCCAGGACCAGCCCAAGCCCGAGGCAUCUUUUUUUUGGGGGUUAAUAUGACUGAAAACAAUAGCCAUUUACAUACCCCCCCCCCCACCCCCCACCCCUUCCUUUAGAAACAGGGAAUAUCCAAAUAAAAGAGGAGACGUGGACCUUUUUUCGACACUGUACAAGGGUACAGAUGUAUACGUUUCUCCUCAUUGAGCCAAAUUGAAUUCUGUCUCUGUUUGAUUAUUUGCUUCUUGUCUGUUUUAAUAGAUGUCAUCGAUGUUCAAACCUGAAGAUGAUUUUAGCUGGGGAGGAAUUUGUAGUCUUGUUCAGUUAUGUUUUUACCAGCUCCUCUAUGCCUGACUUUGAACACCAACAACAUGAAUCGAUCUGCCUGAAACUACACUUUCCAAGUUGCCUGGUGUUCAUUUUUGAUGAUUCGAUGCACAAUGUAAAAUCUGAGCAUAUUGACACUAUCCGAGAACUCCACCCAAUCAUGGGAAGUAAAAAGACUGACGCUCAUGGUCAAUGUGUUCGUGAGUUGGUUUUACUCAACAUUUUCCGCCAACUAGGAAGGGGGGAAAUUGCCCCAAAACGAGCGUAGGUAGUCUGACUUUGUACUUGAAAUCAAAAUCUGAAUACCAGAGAACCAAUUAGACCCCUGCUGUUCCUCCAUUAGAACAUAAGGGACAGACUUUUAGCGAGACAAAAGAUAAGACUGAGCUUCUUGCCACAUAUGCAGCUCAUCAAUCAAUCAAUGUUUAUUUAUAUAGCCCCAAAUCACAAAUGUCUCAAAGGACUGCACAAAUCAUUACGACUACAACAUCCUCGGAAGAACCCACAAAAGGGCAAGGAAAACUCACACCCAGUGGGCAGGGAGAAUUCACAUCCAGUGGGACGCCAGUGACAAUGCUGACUAUGAGAAACCUUGGAGAGGACCUCAGAUGUGGGCAACCCCCCCCCCCCUCUAGGGGACCGAAAGCAAUGGAUGUCAAGCGGGUCUAACAUGAUACUGUGAAAGUUCAAUCCAUAGUGGCUCCAACACAGCCGCGAGAGUUCAGUUCAAAGCGGAUCCAAAACAGCAGCGAGAGUCCCGUGCACAGGAAACCAUCCCAAGCGGAGGCGGAUCAGCAGUGUAGAGAUGUCCCCAACCGAUACACAGGCGAGCGGUCCAUCCUGGGUCUCGACUCUGGACAGCCAGUGGUCAUCGGACCGGACCCCCUCCACAAGGGAGGGGGGGACAUAGGAGAAAAAGAAAAGAUGCGGCAGAUCAACUGGUCUAAAAAGGAGGUCUAUUUAAAGGCUAGAGUAUACAGAUGAGUUUUAAGGUGAGACUUAAAUGCUUCUGCUGAGGUGGCAUCUCGAACUGUUACCGGGAGGGCAUUCCAGAGUACUGGAGCCCGAACGGAAAACGCUCUAUAGCCCGCAGACUUUUGUCCAUCUUGAUGUGAAUGGUAAGAAACUCCAAAAUUUGCAGCCCACAAAUCAGCCAAGUUCUUUCAGCCAUGAAAUCCAAGCCCAUAAAUGUUCCUGAAAAAAUGCCCUUCUCUUAACCCUGAUGGGAUCACAGCAACUGUACUUAAAGGCCUACUGAAAUGAGAUGUUCUUAUUUAAACGGGGAUAGCAGGUCCAUUCUAUGUGUCAUACUUCAUCAUUUCGUGAUAUUGCCAUAUUUUUGCUGAAAAGAUUUAGUAGAGAACAUCCACGAUAAAGUAUGCCACUUUUGGUCGCUAAUAAAAAAGCCUUUCCUGUACCGGAAGUAGCAGACGAUGUGCGCGUGAUGUCACGGGUUGUGGAGCUCCUCAAAUCAAUCAUGGCCACCAGCACCUAGAGCGAUUCGGACCGAAAAAGCGACAAUUUCCCCAUUAAUUUGAGCGAGGAUGAAAGAUUUGUGGAUGAGGAUAGUGAGAGUGAAGGACUAUCAAUCAAUCAAUCAAUGUUUACUUAUAUAGCCCUAAAUCACUAUUGUCUCAAAGGGCUGCACAAACCACAACACAAACCACUACGACAUCCUCGGUAGGCCCACAUAAGGGCAAGGAAAACUCACACCCAGUGGGACGUCGGUGAAGAAGUAAAAAAAGACGAGGGCGGUGGGAGCGAUUCAGAUGUUAGUAGACACAUUUACUAGGAUAAUUCUGGAAAAUCCCUUAUCUGCGUAUUGUGUUACUAGUGUUUUAGUGAGAUUAUAUGGUCGUACCUGAAAGUCGGAGGGGUGUGGCCACAGGUGUGGGAAGCCACGUUUCUCGACGAGGAAAGGCAGCCGGGCGAGAUUUUUUUUUCCCCCCUCUCCUCCGCGGUGUAAGCAUCCGACGGUCAGGGGUGGCCGGUGGGAGGAGGCAAGAGAGUCCGCAGCUGCAGGAAGAACGACGCAAACUCUCCGCUCAUGUCUACGGUAAGAGCCGACUUAUUGCCACCAUUUUCUCACCGAAACCUGCCGGUUGACAUGUGGUAGGGAACCAUGUUAGGCUUGACCACUCUGUUCCAUAGUAAAGCUUCACCGUCAGCUUAUAGCAGGGGUAGGGAACCUAUGACUCUAGAGCCAGAUGUGGCUCUUUUGAUGACUGCGUCUAGCUCUCAGAUAAAUCUUAGCUGACAUUGUUUAACACGAUAAGUAAUGAAUAAUUCUGCUGUUAGUCACAGUGUCAAAAAAAAAAACGUUCAAAAUAUAAAACAUUCUCAUGCAUUUUAAUCCAUCCAUCCGGUUUCUACCGCACCUGUUCGAGAAGUCGCAUUAAUGGUAAGAAGUAUUUUAUUUAUUGUUGGUUAUAUUCAGAAUAACUGUUAUUAAAAAGAAUGAGAGACUUAUUUUAUUAUACUCUAAAAAUGUUGGUUUUACUUAAAAAUGCAUGCAUUUAGUUGUGUUCAGUCUUAAAAAAUAAUGUUAUGGCUCUCACGGAAGUACAUUUUAGAAUAUUUGGCUUGUAUGGCUCCCUCAGCCAAGAAGGUUCCCGACCCCUGGCUUAUAGGAAUGUAAAAAAGGAAACACCGGCUGUGUUUGUGUUGCUAAAGGCGGCCACAAUACACCGCUUCCCACCUACAUCUUUCUUCUUUGACGUCUCCAUUAUUAAUUGAACAAAUUGCAAAUGGUUCAGCAACACAGAUGUCCAGAAUACUGUGUAACCGACGACUUAUAGCUGGGAUCGGUGCUGGAUCAAAAUGUCCGCUACAAUCCUUGACGUCACGCGCACGCGUCAUCAUAAGCGUCAUCAUUCCGCGACGUUUUCAACAGGAAACUUAAAAUGGCAAUUUAGUAAACUAAAAAGGCCGUAUUGGCAUGUGUUGCAAUGUUAAUAUUUCAUCAUUGAUAUAUAAACUAUCAGACUGCGUGGUCGCUAGUAGUGGCUUUCAGUAGGCCUUUAAAAACUGAUCCAGAGUUUGAUCCAGACAGAAAUGUGUGUUUGUUGAGAGUUUAAAUGUUUAGUUUCUCUCAUUUCAUGAUAUUAUUUCUGCUUAUGUGAGGUCACUCGGGUUCACUUCCUGUUGCAUGUGGACACAUCUUCAUAUUUACCUUCACUGUAUUUUAGUUGUUUUACUAUCUUGUUUUGUUGGCUUUUAUAAAAUCUUAAACCAUU